UAUACUAUUGCUUUUAACCAUUGGUUUAGCUUUAAACUCCGUUUAAAGCAAGUUGUGGAACUGGGCCUUAAUAGUGAACUGUGUCGACACAGAGGAUUAAUCGAACUUCAGGAUCGAGAACGUGAAACAUCGAGAAGUUUGUCGACAAAAGAAAAAAAUUUCGUUGGAAAUCACCGACGAGCAUCCGCAGAUCAUCUCACCAGAACAUGUGUGUCCACCGUGCGUCCACUCGCAGCGCUGGAAGAUCGUGAUUCAGCGACCAAGCGACUUAAGCAUGAGCAGCGACGUGUUAGCCUCUUGACACUUGGAGCAACAUAAAUAAGAGUGGAUAAUGUGGGGUGCAUCUGAGGAUCCACCAGGUGCAAUGGAAGGUGAACCGCCUGAGACUGUGGUGCAUACAAAAGAGAAAUGUGAACAAAAUAAAAAUCAAUUAGAGUCCCUCAAAGAAAUCAUGAUGAGAAGUCAACAAACUUUAAAAAAGAAGGAGGAGGAAGUACAGGAAUAUGCACGAAAAUUGUCAAAAAUCAAAUCUCGAGCCAAGCUGUCACGUCGUAGUAAAGAAGGAUCUUCAUCAUCUAAAGACACAGUGCAUUCACCUAAGACUGAAUCUGUAGCAAUAGACACAACAGACGAUGCUAUUGAUGAUAUAAGCCAAGCGAAAACCCCAAAGGCAAAGUCUUCUUUACUUCAGCGAAAAUUAGCAGAGAAUAGGAAAGUGUUUGAGCAACGUAACAAGGAAUUAACAGAGACUAAACGGGCAGUGGAAGAAAAAGUUGAAGCUAUCAGGCAACAGCUGGAAGAAACAAAUUUGGUAUCAGCGGAAAUAUAUAGAGAUCAACUACCUGUCACACCAGUUAGACCUCUUAUGGUAACAUCAGAUAUCAUGUCACCGAUUCAAAUCCAAAAUAUUCAAGAAAAGGAAAAUAAAAUUAUGGAACUGGGUAACAAAAUUCUCGAGUUAGAAGCAACUAUUAUGGAUCUUCAAGAAAAUUUAAAGGAGAAAGAUUCUGUAAUUGAUUCCAAAACAAAAGCGGUCACUCUUAUGUCUGCGGAUCUUUCGAAGAAGGGAAAAACAACGUUAGACACUCUCGAAGAUACGAAAGACGAAAUGCGGACGAUGCAGGAAAAUUUUGUCCUGAUAGAGACUUCUCUAAAAAAUAAAAAUGCCAAUCUGUUGGAACAACUGCAGGAAAGAGAUAAUAGAAUCUCGGAGUUGGAGCAUACGAUCAACAGGUUUGAGGAGCAACUGAAAGAACAGAAAAUAGCUGAAUCAGCAAGUGCUGAUUUCUCACGUUCCACUAUGGACACCUUAGCGGAAACCAAAGACGCAAUGAAAUCAAUGCAGGAAAAUUUUGUUCUUAUCGAAUCUUCACUGAAGUUAAAGAAUGACAACCUUCUUCAGCAAUUAGGGGAGUACGAAAUGAAAUUGGCGGAAGCCAAAGAGAGAAUAUUUCAACUAGAGUCGGGCACUGGUAUAGUGACAGCUCCAGCAGUUGAGGAUCUACAGUUUAGAAUAGAGAGAUUGGAACAGAGUAACCGACUACUUUUGGACGAGAAGUACGAACUGCAGAAAAAUAUCGCUGAAAUGCAAGACCAAAUCAUCGCUAGCAGAUCGGCUUACGAUAGUAGUGAAAAAGAUAAUAGAAUAGCGGAGCUCGAAAAUUUAAUAGAGGAACUCAAACAAUCAAACAAACUGGAAGCAGAAUCGAAGACUGAGUUGAGUAAGCAAGUCGCUGAAUUAACAUUCAAAAGCGAGGAAUAUUCCAACAAAAACGCCGUUCUUGAGAAGCAAAUACACGAACUUGAAGCAGAGAAGAACGAAAUCGCAGGAAGAUUAUCAGACGAACGAACGAAGCCCAGAGAAGACGAUAAAGUGAUAAAGUUAACGAAGGAAUUGGAGGAUCUUAAUAAAAGUAUGAUCAAAUUGAAGGCCCAACACAGAAGCAAAGUAAAAAAUUUGCAGAAGCAAUUGGAGAACUUCAAAAUGAUGUCCGAUACAAAUGCGGAACUCGUUAGACUGGGCAACCAGGUGGCAUUACUUGAGGAGGAGAAAGGUAACCUUCAGCUGAGUCUGGUAGACUUUGACGAGCUUAAAGCCUCGGCAGGAGAUUGGCAAGAACGUGUCGCUGAUCUUGAAAAUAAGGUCUCCUCUCAGACAAAUGAGAUACAGAUGCAUAUUAAUGCAAUCGCCACCUUAGAGAAGCAAGAGUUAGAUCUAAUGCAAGAACUUUACACGGUAAAGCAGGAAGUUUCGGCCUUAGAAGCCGAGAACGCGGAGUCUGAAAAUCUCAGAGUGACGGCGGAGAUGAAGGUCGUCGAGCUGGAGGAGCAGCUGGAAGCCGCGCGCAAGGAACAGAGCGAUAAUAAAUUCGAAUCUCUAUCGGAGGCCGAAUACAGCGAGCUCCUGAAGAAGAUCGACGCCCUGACGCAAGAGAAUUCGGAAUUGUACAGUAAGUUGGGCAAGAUCGAGGAGAAAGGCGCGUCGGACACCGGCUCUACGGAAUCCUUCGAGGCUAUCCAAGUGAACGACAGAAACGAUCUGCUGAAGAAGAUCGAGGACCUGGAGCAGAAGAACAACGAGCUGACGCUCAAGUUAACAAAGCUGGAGGAGAAGGAGGGCUCGCACGCUGGCUCCACGGAGUCCUUCGAGACCAUCAACGACACAGAUCGCAGCGAGUUACUGAAGAAAAUCGAGCAACUUACCCAGGAGAACAGCGAUCUGACUGUGAAGUUGAGCAGGGUCGAGGAGAAGGGGUCAUCCGACACGGGCUCUACGGAGUCCUUCGAGCGGAUCCCGGAGCAUAACGAGAGCACGACGAAGAUAGAAUUGCUUACCCAGGAAAAUCACGAGCUCGUCAUCAAGCUCACGAAACUGGAGGAACAGUUGAGCCAGAUGGAGAGCAGCGCUCAGCCGGACGUCCCUAAAAAGGUUGAUGACACCUUAGAUACACUUCGACAAGAGAAUGACUAUUUGAUGGAGGAGAUCUCCAAAUUGAGAGGACAGAUAGAGGAGCUCGCGAGGGAGAACAGCAGGUUACAGGAUCACAUGGAAAAGCUGACAGCAGAGACGUCUCAGGUUCCUGAGAUGAUAAAGACGAUGGAAUAUGCUCCUCAGGUUGAGACCUUAGUGGGGAAACAGGAAAUCUCUGAGAAGGAACUGGCGCAAUCGCGGGAAGUAGAACAGUCGAUCAACGUGACAUCAUGCGUGACCGAUGACACAAAGUCUCAGAUCGCGGCGUUGGAGAAGGAGAACGCGCGAAUGAUUGCGGUAAUUGCACAACUUGAGGAAUAUAUCGACAACCAGAAGGAAGAGCUAAGCAAAGCGAGCAGCGAGAAAGAGCAGCUGAACCUUAAGUUGGAACACAUGGCUUGCGACGAUUUCGCCAGGGAGAGACUGGAGUUGAUCGAUAAGCUGGAGAAGCUGAAUCGGGAGAAAGAGAGCGUUGCCCAGGAGAGGCAUGAUUUGCACGAAGAAAUCAGCACGCUCUUGCAGAAGUCGUCCGACGAGAUCUCGGAGAUGCGAAAGGCGGAGGAGGCCUCCUGUCAAGAGUCGCAGGCUGCGAUCGUAGCGUCCCUGGAGAGAGAGGUGGAGAACAGUAGAGUGCUAGUGGCGGACUACAGAAACCAAAUAGAAGAGAUGAACAUGAAGAUACAGAGCAUGGAGACGGAGUUGCAGGAGAAAGCUCGGCAGUUGACAGAGCACGAAGCGUCGAGUUCGAAGCUGACAAGCUUGGAACAGGAGUUGAGAGACGGGUUCGUCACCAUAGAGGAGUGGAAGUUCAAGUAUGACGACAUGGAAGUGAAGAUGCGAGCAUUGGAGGAAAGUAAGACAUCGAUAGAGGAAGCGUUUAGAGCGUUGAACAGUAACAACAAAGAAUUGCUGGAGACGAUGAAGGAAAACGACGCAGCUGCCGCCACAACGCAAGAACGACUUCAGAGCACGAUAGGAUCGCUCGAAACGAGGCUGCAGGACGAAGUGGCGAAUCUGAGCGCGAAAGAACGUGAGAUCGCGGACUUGAAGGCAGUGAUUGAGAGCAAAGAUGAAGAAUUGCACGCUAAAUACACGCAGCUGCAAAACGAGAUGAUCGCCAUCGACAGUUUGCAAGACGAGUUGAACAACUGCAAGAUGAAGCUGAAAGAGAACGAGGCUGCCUUGUCGAUAUCGCUCGAGGAGAUUGCGAAGCUCAAUAUCGUAAUAAAAAAGAAGGAAGAGGAGACACAAUCCCUGAAAAACAUCAUCAGUGAAAUGAGUCAAGUGUCUGAGCAGUCUAAGCCUUUAGCGGAGUUUAAUGAGAUGUUGGAGAACUUGCGAAGUGUGGAAACAAAUUACACCGAAUUGCAAGCCAAGCAUGAAAACGUUCUGAAAGCGAACGAGGAUCUAUCUCGACAGAUCGAAGAUAUGUCCAGGCGCGAUGAGGACUUGAAGAAUGAGCUGAUGAAGAAGGAACAAGAAAUCGCUGAUCUGUUCGUAGCCAAGGAGGACAUGGCCGCACAAAUCGAGGAGAUUGCAAGUCACAAGACUGAAGUUGAGAAGAGGAACUGGGAGCUACAGGCGAUCCUGGACAAUCAAACUGCGUAUACCGAGAAGGUGCAAUCAGACCUGACUAACGAGUACAAGCAGAUGGAGCAGCUGAAGAUUAAGCACACGGAGGAUAUAGCAAUGCUGAAUCGCAGAUUGGAGGACGUCAUCGAGGACUUGACCGCUAAAAUACAGGAGAACGAAGCCUUGAAAAGCGAACUGGAACAGAAAGAGGAACUGCUCGGCAAAAAUGUCAGCGAGGAAGCGAGGACCGUCUUGGAGGGCAAAGUCGCCGAACUGGGGCAGAAGCUGUCGGAUUCGGAAAACAAGCUGCAGGCGCAAUCCGAGAAGAUGAAGAAGAUCGUGGCAACAUUCAACAAGAAGAAGGUAGCGUGCCAAGAGCUCGAGGCGCGCGUCGCCGAGUUGGAGGAGAAAUGGACGACGGAGAAAGACGAAAAGGAGAUGAAGAACAAGAAGAUACAGGAGGUGGAGAACUCCAUGCGGGAGAAGGACAACAAAAUCGCCGACUUGGAGGGCAAGUUGCUGCAAGCGAAGAACGACACGGCGGAAGCUCACGCGAACUCGGAGAAGCUCGCGAAGGAGUCGAGUAGCCUGAGGGAAAAGAUGUCCGUGCUAAUGGAGCAGAUCGCAGAGAUGGGCGAUGAGAUCGAGAAGCAGCGCGCGGAGAUCGAUCAGCUUCGUCAGCAAGUGGAGACCGAGAGGAUGGCGAACGAAGACGUUGUCAGGCAAUACGAUCAUUACAAGGAAACCGAGAGCCAGGAGAAUGAGCGCAAACAAGUGGUUCUGGACGAGGUGAAGGAAGAGGCGCGGGAACUCAGCGUGCGCAUGCAAGUAAUGGAGAACGAGUACGUGGAGCAGCUGGCGCUGAUAAAGAAUCUACAGGCGGAGAACGGCCUCCUGUUGUCCAAGCAGACGCAGAUCAACGAAAAGUUGGAGAACGCCGAGAAGGAGUCGGAAGAACGUCGUGUGCUGAUCGAGCAGUUGCAGAAGAAGAUACCGGCCACGGUGACCGUGGCUGUCCAGACACCGGAAGAUGAAGCGAGAGAGAGCGAUGCGCGGGACCCGCAACGUUGCGACCACUCCGAGCAGUGCCAGAACCUGGUGCAAGCGUUGGAGACGCGUCUCCAGGAGCGCCAGGCGGAGAUCGAGAAUCUGAACAACGAACUGGCUAAUUCGUACGACAAUAUCCUGCUGCUUCACGACAAAUCUUUGAGGUACAACGAUAUAAUGAUGCAGACGGCCCAGGAGCGCUUCAAUCAGUCGCUCAUGGAUCAAACGAACACGUUGCAGCAAGAGAUCGAUUCGUUGAAGACAGAGAAGACCAUGAGCGAACAGAGAGUGUCGGAGUUGGAGGCCGAGUUGAACGAGUACAGACACAGGAGUGCGGAGAGCAGAGUCGAAGUCUUUGAACCAGCCGAGACGUCUACCGCAGAGGACCAACGUCAGCAGGAACGGGACGAUACUCCGCAACUAUUUGACGCUUCGAAAGUCUUCGGCGCUGCCGUCUCUUCGAGUGUUGACACCUCGGACACUUCAUCCAAUGAGAUUUCGCGGCUGCGGACUCUACUGAGCGAGAGGGAGGCCGAGUGUGCCCAGCACAUGAAAGAAAUCGAUCUUCUGCGGAAGAGUAUCGAGGAGGAGAGAUCGUUCGUGCAGAAGUUACAGGCUCAGUGCGACGACCAAAUGGCACACUGGAAGAACCGGCUGGAGGACGUGCAAGACGAGCUCAAGCGAAUGGAGCGUCUGCAUUCGGAGAAGAUAGAUUCGUUGAAUGCGGAACUGAGCAAGACGACGCUUCAGGCGGACGAACUGAAAUCGUCGCAGGAGAUGUACCAUGGCGCACAAGCUGAGUCCGAAAGACUACAGCAGAUCGUAAGUGAGAAGAGCGCGCAGGUUGAGUCGUUGCUUGCUGAACUAGGCACCAUGAAACAACAGUUGAAGGAGUACUCGCUGCAUGAGGACGUAGAAGCUAGCUUACGCACGGAGAUCUCGCUCAAGGACACCGACAUCAUCGCAUUGCAAACGGAAUUGACCUCCACGAGGCAGGCUAUGGAGGCGUUAACGGCGGAGCGAGAUCAGCAAAGUCGCGCCUUGGAAUCAUACAAACUUCAGGUUGAUCAGCUGGAGGCAGAAGCGAGGAACGUCAAUGACAGCGACCUGAUACGAGAGUUGGAGCAGCGUGUCUCCGCCGUUACCACGGAGAGGGACUUGCUGCAGUUGCAAGUGAACGAUCUGACGCGAUCCUUGGAGGAACUGCAGGAAUCGCUGGCGACUCAGCGUAACCUGCAAGUCAACCUGGAAAAUGCAUUGCGCGAGAAGGAUCAGGCGCAAGAGCUUGUUGCGAAUCUCUCGCGCGCCUUGGAGGAUUCGCAGCGAAAUCUUCAGGAGUCGAGAGCGCUCGAGAAGAGCGCGAAGGAACCCGCCUUUGUCGAGAAGUCGGCCGUGCAACAAGAGUCGGAACAAGUCCCGCAACCUGCGGAGGAACCGAUCGUCCAUCAAGAAUCGGCCCAAGUUCCCGCUGAGGAGGAGGCAACAGAGAAACAGGAGACUCUGUUCGACGUAGAUUUGAAAUGGGACGACGGUUCGUCCGAGAAACUCAAUGUCGACGAGGAAUCCUGGGGUUGGAGCGCAGAGGACGCCCAACUGACCGGCGACCAGCAUCUCGGCGGUGCGAUGACGUUGUUUCCAGACGCCGAGGUGCGCCUACGCGCUCAAGUGGGAGACCUGCAGGAUAGAAUCAAGGAUCUUGAAACGCAGAACAGCAAGAUUGCAGAAGAGAACAAGGCGGCGCAGGUGAAGAGCGGCAAGCUGGUGAAGAAGCUGAAAGAGUACAAAGUGCAAAUGGAGAGCUUGCAGCAGCAGUUGAAGACUCAGAAGCAAGCUGACAGCUUCUUCGAUCUGGACACGGCUAUCGAAGAGGAGCUGAAAACCCAGAUCGCCAGUCUGGAGAAAGCUCUCAAUGAUAUCAAGGAGGAGAAGAAGAGCAUCGUUGCUGAGAAAGAGGCCUUGCUGAAGCGACUCGAUGUGGUGGUAUCGGCCAACGAAAGAUACAUGGAGAUGAAAGAGAGGCAGGAUAUGGAAGUCGAAGUAUUGCGUAUUCAAAACAAGGAACUGGGUAACAAAGUGCAGUCCUUAGAAUGGCGGUUGCAGGAGAACGCGACUGACGCGGAGGAGGAAGCUGUCUCUCCGCAGUGUGAAGUCCAGCAAGUCGACACAUCACGUCGUGAGGUCGACACCAUUGUCGCACACGGUCAGCGCCAGAAGAGGUCGACUGACUCUGUUGAUGAUCUGGAAGCGAUGUCGAGCAAAUACAAGGAAGAGAUAGACGACCUGAAAGACGAGCUGGAGGCGCUCGCUGCGGAAAACGAGCAGUUACAGCACUUCUUGGAGGAGCAGAAGGCGACGAUGACGAACUUGGAGCUGAAAGCGGCUGGUAACAUCGGAGAGUUCACGGAGAAACUCGAAAUCUUGAACAAUCAGCACGCUCAGUCGCAGAGCGCUCUAAACAGAAGCAAGGAGGAGUACGAUAUGCUCAGGAAGCAGUACGAGCAGAGCCUGAUGGACGCGAAUGACCAAGUGGCGGCGAUGCGACAAAAUAGCGAGCUCCUGAAGAUCGAGUUUUCAGAGAAGGUGGAAAAAUUGGAGUCGAAGGUGAGCAGUCUGCAGAAAGCCUUGGAAGAGAAGGAGGCCUUGGAAAGCAGGGUCAGUGCCCUGACGAGUUCAGAAGAGAAAUUGUCGACCAUCAACGUGUCCCUCAUGAUGGUCACGGACCUGCUCAACGCCCGAGUGCAAGAAGUCGCCAGUCUGAAGCAAGAGCUUGUGAACCAAUACCUGGAGAAGCAAAAGUCCGAAGCGGUGUUGCAAUCGGGGGUGCAGAACCUAACGAGAGAAUUGACCGAGAGGAAACAGGAGUUGGCAGCCUUGAAACAAACAUGCAGCGACAAGGAGCGUGAGUUGUUGCAGCAGAGAAGCAUGGAGACUGUAAGCGCUAUUGUCAGCGAGGCUACUCAGGAACUGGUCCAGAAGCACGCGAUCGAGAUCGAAGGAAAGGACAAGGAGCUGCGUGAUCUAGCAGAGAAAUUGACGAAGUUGCAGUCUACGGUGAACGAGUACAGUUCGAAGUUGCAAGACAAGGCGACUUACAUGGAAACGCAACAUCAGCAAAUCGCGUAUUUGAAGGAGGAUCUGACUGAGCGAGACUCGAUAAUAGCGAGCACAAAGGCCGACGCUGAUUCGAUGAGCGAAAAGUUGCGAGAGAAACAGGAGGAGUUGAUGCGACGCGACGAGGAGCGUUCAAAACUCACAACAGAAUUGGAGAGAUGUAUGAUGGACAUCCAGCACUUGCAAAACCGACUGAAUGCUACAGAAGCGACCACGUCUGACUUACAGGAGUGUCAUUCGCGUAUUUACAGUCUGCAGCAACAGGUUAAAGACUUGCUCUCGGAAAAGGAGUCGAUUUUGUUGGAAUACGGUCAGGAUACGAAGACGUUUCGAGUGUACGUGGAGGACAGCAAGCAGCAGAUCGACGCGUUGAAGCACGAUCUGCAGGAGAAGACCGAGCAAUUACACCACUUGAACGUGCAGUUGUGCACGAAGGAGAACGAACUCGAGGGAAUCAGGAACACGAUAAUCGAUAAGGACUCCCUGCUGGAUAUCAUGAGCCAAGAGCUGGACAAGAAGCGAGCCGAACUGGAGAAGCUGCGCAACACUCCAAGUUCCAACGAGCAGCCGCAAAGCUCCAAGAUGAUCGAUGGUCUUCCUGUCUUCAGGAUGGGCAACGACGACGACACGGAGCUGCAAAAGACCGUAGACGAGCUGAAGGCGCAGAUGGAGGCCAAGCAGCAAGAGCUGGAGCACCUCAAGUACGUUCUCAGCGAGAAUACAUAUCCCGCGAUCAUCCAGCAGAUGCAAGACAGAAUUAAUUGCUUGUACAACGAGAAGGCGACGUUGGAGACCUCCUUGCGAACGACCACGCAGACCUUGACGGAGAAGCAGGAACAGGUGCAUCUGUUGACGCAGCGCAUCAACGGCCAGAACCAGGAGCACAUUUCCAAGGAGGAGGCCAGUAUACUUCCUAGAGAUCGCAGGUCCGCGCACGAUCAGGAGGAGAUUGUACGGCUGCAGAACGAGCUGCACGCCAAGGAGCAGGAGAUCAACGAGCUGAAGUAUGUAAUAGCCGAGAAAGAUUCGCAGUUAUGCCUCCAGGCCAGCAUGGAGCCGCAAUCGGACGAGUUUGAGCUGCGCGAGACAGUCCAGAGGCUGACCGGAGAAUUGUACGGUAAAGAGCAGGAAGUGCAGACAUUGAAGGCGACUAUUGCGGAGCUGCAGGAGGAGUUGUCGCGCCUUCGAGAUCUCGAGAGGCUUUCUGAGGAAAGCAGGAGCGCCAUCGAGAGACUAAACUCGGAGAAGGAGCAGAUACGCAUCGAGGCCGAGGAGUUCUUGAAUAGUGAGCUCCGGAGGAAAGAAGCGGAGAUCGGCGAAAUCAACGGCAGAAAGCAACGGCUGUCGGAGGAGAACCACCAGCUACUGACGGAGCUCCGGUCGAAGGACAGCGACGUGGAAAACCUGAAGACGCAGUUGACACAGUUGCGGGACGACUGGAGCGGCAGAUUACAGCAGAAAGAGAAUGAACUGAUGCAGAUGACUGACGAUCUGACGGAGAAGGAGCGAAGACUGGCCGAGCUGAGCAUCACCAAGGACACUAUGUUUCACAACCUGAAGAUGCAGAUCAACGAGAAAGAAACACGCAUAGAGGAGCUCUUGGCGUUGUCCACGGAGGAAGAGAAACAGCUGAGCGAGCUGAGGCAAACUCUCAUGACCAAGGAGACGGACUUGAAGACACUGAAGGAGCUGUUGGAGCAGAAGGUGAGCGAAUACGAGUUAAUACAGCACGCCUUGAAGAAGGACGUGUCCGUUAUCGAGGCUGCGACUUCGAAGAGCCCGGAAAUCGCUCAGGCAGCCGUCAACAAGGACGCCACUUCGAACGAGUUGGACCUCGCGCUGUACAUGCUUCAUCAGAGAGACGUCAGGUGCGAGGAGCUGACCCACGAGCUGAUGCAAUUGCUCGAGGAACGCGACACGUUGCAACUGCGAUUGUCCAAUGCCAUUCGGGUGAACGAAGAACUCAGGAGAACGAGCAGCAGCAGCAGCAUCGAGGCGAGCCCGACGAAAGACUCGACGCCGGCCCCAUUGACGAUAAUCGAACCUGUUGUGGAGCAACCAUCGCCUUCCAAGUCUGAAGGCCCGGUCGAGAUCGCGAAGGAGGCCAUCGAUGACCCGAUUGAAGACAAGGAAGCUCUUGCUCUUAAAUUGUCGCAGUUGCAUUCGGUCAGCCACACGAAGGACGUACGAUUAAAGGACGAGCGGGAGCUAAGACAUACACAACAAAUGUCCUUGUUAGCGCACAGGGACGUUUUAAGCACGUUGCCACCCGAAGCAGCCGCGAGGCUUGUCAACGCUAAUUACACACUCUCUCGAGAUGUUCGGAGUCAGUCGAGCGUCCUCCUGAAUUGGUUGUGGGGCAAGAGCACGCCGAAGAUAGUGCACAUGUGAUGAACGAACAGCGAGAGUGAAACGGCCAUUCGUUUUGCCUUCUGGAUACAUUCCUGCCAAGUGCCAACUGCCAAGACUUAUACCCGCAGUUAUCCGUGUGUAGUUGGAACUCGUCGUGCAUUUUUUCAGGCAGAAGUCGUUUGAGCUUGAAGGCCCACAGUCGCGACGAAUUUUACUCGUGAAGGUGCGUGGCGUGACGGAAGAAGGCGUCGAAGGAAGAGAUAUUUUUCAAAUCACAUGUACAGAUUGUAGGUAGUGUUCUUUCUCGGAAAAGUCGCUCCUCUUCGGGAAAGAAGAGAAUACGAGGAGCAGACUUACAUGUAUUAUAAUGUUAUAUAGCUGAUGUGUACAAGAAUACAGUGAAACGUAAAAUGUUGCCUUAGGUAAUGAUGUGUAAUUUCCGUGUAUUUCUUGUUUAUUUUAUUUUCUGACUAAAUUGUCGAUAGCUGUGGCAUGCAUCGAGAGAUAACUUUGAAACACCGCUUUGCAAAAACGAAUGCACGGGCAUAGAUAUUCCAUCGGUUUGUUAACUAAAAUAUUUACGUGUCUUGCAAAUUAUCUGCGAUUGUCUUCCGGCUUGUUGGUGCAAUUAUUGUUAAAAUCACUACCAUUAUUUUUAUUAUUGCUUGUACAUCCAAGGGAAGCCGUGCAAGACGAAUCAUGAGUAACCCAGAGGUAUAAUCCGCGGUAAUCGUAAAUUAUUCGAUUGUUCUAUUUCCAUAAAAAAAUUUUGUACAGAGAAAGAAAGAGAAGCAUAAAUAAAGAGAUAAAAUGGCAA